AUGAAACAACUCCUCAAAGUAUUGAUUGUACUCAGUUACAUAGCUUCUGUAAUGGCAGAUGUGGAUGAUGGUCUUGAUGCACCACCAGAAGAGUUUUCUCAACCGAUACCUCGUCCUACUCUAAACAGUUAUGGUUUCGCAGUAUGCACAGUAUGCCUCUGGGAUCGUUCAAUUUACAAUUACAAUAAUGUGAAAAAGACUGACCAGAAUCAAUUAAGAUAUAACCUUGGUAAGAAGGAAUUAGUAGCUGGCUUAGUCAAACGAAAGGUCAAUUUACGUUCAGUCGACAUUUUUGAUAAGUCUACAACCAGCCAAGGAGAUGAAAUUAUGAAACUUUAUGAUGGUGAUAACCUGAAAAAGAAAUUGAAGAUUACAGCCGAAGACUUUCAGUCCAAUAGCAACGAUACCGAUUUUUUUGAUGAUUUAUAUAUUGAUAACGAAAACAAGGAAGCACCAACUGAGAAGUCAUCAACCGACAUUCAAUAUCCUCCCAUUGAAAGUGAGGAGGAAAUGGAGGAAAUUCAAUACCUUAUCACAAAAAUGGAAAAUAUGAAUCAUCGGCUCUUCGAAUAUCAUAUUGUCAAUCUCUCCAAAAAAAACCUCACUAACCCAGUAAAUAAAGUUUUUUCAAUUGACGAUAAAGAAAAAAUGAAAAAAUACUGGGAAGAAAUAGAGCCAUCAGCUGAAGAGAAACAGAAUACAACACGUCAAUCAAAAUGGGAAAAAACUAUCAAGCCUCUGAUUAAUAAGUAUGCACUUGCCAUUAAAGUGAGGCCGGAGUCAAUUUUUGAUAACGAUGCUCAGCAAUCAUCAACAAAAGUUAUUUUGAUAGUCCAUUUGAGGACGAAUUUGACUUUAAAAAGCAUUAUGAACUUCUAUGAUAUAUUACUAUUCACCUCAUCUUUCAAUAUACUUCGUGAUGCAAAUACAUUGGAGAUAGCUUAUAGAGAUUCAUUCGUUAAUCCUAUAAUUCUGAAGAUUUAUAUGAAUGCAAGUGAAAUUGAGAUUGGGUUUUUUGGAAGUAGUGGGAAAUGCAAUGCAAGUGGAUCUUACUGGAUACUGUAUAGAUAUGGAAAAACUGUUCAAAGUGAUGCAAAUUUCAAUUUUUUAUCAACAUCAGCAUUACUUAAAACGCAAUGCAAUAGAAGAACAACUUCUAUGUCUCUAAAGCUUUGGUGUACUCGUAUAUCAUAUCGUAAGACAAUAAUAUAUGCAAUUCAUUGUGUCAAAGGAGGAUUGUACGUUGUAGACAUCAUAACAAAUUUUACUAUUCUAGAUAAUAAAGAUCAAGUAUAUGUGAUAGAUAAAAUCUUAGAGAAAAUAUAUUUCUUUAAGUUACAAGAAAUAUCACGUAAGGUACAAAAACAUUCUUCAUCUGACAAAAAUUUACUAAAAGCGUCAUCAUCUAAACACCAUUAG